AGAAUUAUAACAUAACGACAUAAUAUCAUAAUGAAAAGUAUAAAUUCUUGUUCAUAGUGCAAGUCUUUACUUUUAGAAGUCGGAAUAUGGUCAUAUAGAGAGGCCAUAUAUUAUUCACAAAGAAGGAAUGACGGUUAUCAUUAAAUGUGAGCAGGGGGGAGGUUUGUCAGUAUAAAAAUGACUAAGAAACGAAAAAGAGAAGGUAAUAAGUCUGAUAGUUCAACUUCGACGCAAGAGAAACAGCACAAAAAGAAAAGGCGUAAGCACAAAAAAAAAGCCAAGAAAACUACGCAUAGCUCGCCGGUUGAGUCAAGUUUGUCAUUAUCGGAAAGCGAAAGAGAGCUAAGCAAGAGCAAACGACAUAAAAAGAAGAGAAAGAGGGAUCAAAAGGAUUUUGAUACCAAACAUGGACAGCGAAAAAAUGAAAAACAGGAUAAUGUUUUGACGGGGCCUUGUCCGUUGUCUGAAAUGAUGAUAUCCGGAGAUAACUAUGAAGACAGCAAAACAAAGAAAAGGCAUGCAAUGACUCCAAUGACCAAGGAAGAAUAUGAGAAAAAACAAAGUGAAGUUCGAAGAGUGUUUGAUCCAGAUUCAGGGAGAAACAGGCUAGUGAGAGGUGAUGGUGAAAUUAUUGAAGAAGUUGUGAGUUACGAAAGGCAUGUGGAAAUCAACAAGAUUGCAACCAAGGGUGAUGGUGCCUCAUUUCGAAAAUCUCUUGGUUUGGGUGAAUAUGAUUGAUCAUUGGUUGUCAAGACUAUUCAAUCAGUUUUUUCAUAUGCAAGCCAUGCAAAGUAAAUUGAUUGGUUCAUAUACACAACAAAUUGUGAUAGUUAUUGAUGAGAAUUCUUGAAAGAGCUAGAAUUGGAAUUCACCUUCUCUGCAAGAUUGCAAGUUAUCAUUACAUUAUCAUUACAUGAUGCAUGUAAAUAAAAAAGACAAAAUUAAAUGAUUUUGUAAGAUUGCAAA